UUUUAACAUCAUUGAGAAGAUAGAGCAUUCAGUAUUCUAUGAAAUUCUCAGCUAAAGGGUACUAGAUCUAUAGACAACAUAUUGAAUUAAUUAAUUAAACAUGUUUAAAAUAUAAACAUCAGCAUAUCUGUUAAGUAGUUGUUAACUGCUUAUGGCUUAGUUGCAUUGCUGUUUUUUCUUUUCCAGUGGUUUCAUCAGCUACAUGGAACCAGGAAACCAAACACGUGUUUCAGAAUUCAUCCUUUUAGGGCUCUCAGAAAAGGUAGAGAUGCAGCCCUUCCUCUUUGGGCUAUUUCUUUCAAUAUAUCUGGCCACCUUCAUUGGGAACCUGCUCAUCAUUCUGGCCAUUAUCAUUGACUCCCACCUCCACACACCCAUGUACUUCUUCCUCUCCAACCUCUCCUUUGCAGACAUCUGUUUUAUUUCCUCCGCAGUCCCAAAGAUGCUGCUGAACAUCCAGAUGCAGAACAAGGUUAUCACCUAUGAGGGCUGCAUCACCCAGAUGUAUUUUUUCAUGCUGUUUGGAGGAUUAGACAACUUCCUCUUGGCAGUGAUGGCCUAUGACCGGUUUGUGGCUAUCUGUCACCCCCUGCACUACACGGUCAUCAUGAACCCCAAGUUCUGUGGCCUCCUGCUUCUGAUAUCCUGGUUAUUGACGCUUGUGGUCUCUGUAUUACAUAGCUUAAUGGUUUUACGACUGUCUUUUUGUACGAAGUUGGAAAUCCACCACUUUCUCUGUGAACUUAAUCAGGUAGUCCAACUUGCUUGUUCUGACACCUUCCUCAAUGACUUAGCGAUGUAUCUUACAACAGGGCUUGUAGGUGUUAUUCCACUUGCUGGGAUCCUUUUCUCUUACACUAAGAUUGUGUUCUCCAUUUUGAGAAUUUCAUCAGCUCAGGGCAAGUAUAAAGCCUUCACCACUUGUGGGUCUCACCUCUCAGUUGUUUCCUUGUUCUAUGGCACAGGUGUUGGGGUAUAUCUCAGUUCUGCUGCUACCCCAAACUCCAUGGCCAGUACAAUGGCCUCAGUGAUGUAUGCUGUGGCCACACCCAUGUUAAACCCGUUUAUAUACAGUCUUAGAAACAAGGACAUAAAGCAGGCUCUAAAAAAUAUCCUCAGUUCCACUGUGGCAUUUCCUUCAUGUUUCUAUGGCUUUGAUAGCAGCAACAGUGUCUUCUUCACACUGACCCAAGGUGAUUUUUCCAUUGGAUGAGCUUGAUCAUGAACAUCCCCACUAUAAACAUUGGCUCUCCUCUAAUUUUGGAAUUAAUUAUCAAUCCUGUAGCUAAAUAUAAGUCUCUUUGUUAUUCAGCUAGGCUACUUGACGAAAUUUAUUUUUCACUUUUUAUCACCUGAUCCUCAUUGUUGAUCAGAUAUUGAGAACUAUUUGUAACU